AUGUGCGAGUUCAAAGAUUCCGGAUUGGGAUCACCGCACGUUUUCUCGAUGAUACUCCAUGUUAUGACUGCUAUCGAAGUUCCGAUUCAUUUAUUCGGAGCAUUCGUAAUACUCUUUAGGACUCCCGCAAAAAUGACAUCAGUGAAAUGGAGCAUGUUCGUACUACACUUUUGGAGCUCUCUUCUUGACAUCACCAUUUGCUUUCUUGUUAUCCCGUAUACAGUAUUCCCUGUCGCUGGGGGGAUCCCUUUGGGUGUAUUAUCUCUUCUAAAUGUGCAUCCAAUGGUUCAGGCAUCUAUUCUGAUUAUUACCGGAGGGCUUACAGGGAUUUCAAUCCUGGCUUUUUUUGAGAAUAGAUGUAACUCUAUGAAAUAUGGUCCUUAUGCUCAAAGCAAGAAAACUAGAGCGUUGAGAUAUUUAUAUUUAGCUGUCAAUUAUUUGUUAGCUUUUGGGUUCAUGGUACCUAUUUAUUUACAACUUCCCACAAAAGCAGAAGGGGAGAAGUACGCAAUGAGGGUCCUUCCUUGUCUACCAUCCCAAGUUUAUCAGAAUGAAAAAUUUUUUGUUGCCUCCACAAAUGUCACAUUCAUAUUUUCUAUUGUCGGUGGUCUUACUGUAUUUGUCACUGCUCAAAUUCUCUAUCUUGUCAUUUAUUCUGUGAUCGAGCUUCGUAAUCGAACCAAAAAACUAUCCCGAGUGACAUCAACACUCCAAAAACGCUUCUCAAUUGCUCUAUACAUUCAAGUGGCAAUCCCAAUGAUCGCCUAUCUAUUCCCAAUGUUUUAUGUGUUUAGCACGUGGACGUUUGAUAUUUUAAGCCAAACUUGCAACAAUCUGGUGUUUAUUUGUAUCGCUUUACAUGGUUUACUGUCAACACUAACAAUGAUUGCUGUUCAUAAACCAUAUAGGGAAACUCUAAAAUUGUUGAUGCCAACAUGUGAGAAGAUCCGGAAGAGAUCGAAAGUCAGUGGAGUGAAAGAUUUACAACUUUCCGCGAUUGUUUGA